AUGUUCCUCCAACGCACAACCCUCGCCCUUGCCAGGCGCACCCCUUCCAGGGCCAUCGCCGCCCGCCCGUUUUCCUCCUCCGUCAUCCGCAGCAACAGCUCGAAAUGGGAGGUCAAGAAGGAGGGCAAGAUCCUUCCCUACGAAGAGAUCAAGACCGAGGACGACCUUAUCCCCCCUGGUGCUAAGGCCGGUACCAUUCCCAGCGACAUCGACCACGCCACCGGUCUCGAGCGUCUGGAACUUAUCGGAAAGAUGCAGGGCAUUGACAUCUUCGACAUGAGACCCCUUGAUGCCUCCAGAAAGGGAACGCUUGACAACCCCAUCAUUGUCAACGGUGCCGGUGACGAGCAGUACGCUGGUUGCACUGGUUACCCCGCAGACUCUCACCAGGUCAACUGGUUGACUGUUUCCCGUGAACGCCCUCUUGAGCGCUGCGGCGAGUGUGGUAACGUCGUCAAGCUGAACUACGUUGGACCUGAGGAGGACCCCCACGCCCACGACCACGGCCACGACCACCACGGCCACCCUCCCCACGAGGAGCCCAAGACCUUCGCCGACUACGUCAAGCCUGAGUACUGGUACCGGUAAACCCGAAAUCGCUACGAUAAUUGCGCGGUUAUCCCCUCGCCCGGGAACACGCAAGGGUGACGAGACGGCUAGUGCCCAUCGAAAGUGAACGGAAAGGGGGAAACAAGAAAAAACAAUUGUUAUACACAGCUUCCUUUGUUGGGCUCUUCCGACUCAGGCUUUUUUGGAUGUCUUCUUGUGUUCUGCUUUCCAUGCAGCUGUAUUUUCUGUGCCG